CACCACCAUCGUUCUCGUCACAGCGCCAAUCUGCUCGGUUCGUGGUCCGCGAUGCCCCUCGACCCCUGUGCUCAGUCCGCAGACGAGUUUCCUGACCUCGCUGAUUGGCAGCGUUCGACCCGACGAUCUGGUCCCGGCGCUACUGCUGCUACAAAGCUGGUUAGGCUCGGCCACGGCCCACCAGCAUUCAACCACCCGCCUGUGGGUCGCCGAUGGUCUUCUUCCCCGAGCCUGAGCGGAGUCGCUAGAGCCUUGUUGUGCUGUAUGUGUGUGCGAACAUGCAGAUAAGGGCAUGGAUGGAAGCUUCUGGCCGGGCGUAAAGCGGCGUUCGAGGCCGAGCAGAAGGGGAAAUAAGUCGGGGAUAGAACUUGUCGCAAGCGCUGUGAAGCUUUAAGGCUCUUCGCGUCGCGUCUAAAGCUUGCUGGCCUUGCGGACUCGGCUUGGCGUGGG